AUGGCAGAAAGAAGAAUUGAUCCCGAGGAUGGCAAGGUCAGAACUUUCGAAGAAGUCGUCAAGCGAUAUCAGUCCGAAUACUCCCCGCAGCAGGUGCAGGAGUACUGGGAGAGACAAUGCAAGCCGGUGCCAGCGGACCCCUUCUUGACGCACCUGCAGAGCGGCCAGGGAGGGCCUCGAUAUGGAACCCAACCCGGCCUCUACAUGCAGUCCGAUCAGGCCCCAACAGCCCCUGCAUCACAGGUGAACCUUGGGCAAGUGAAGCUAUCAGAGGAUCCCUUCAUGGCUGCUGCCUUCGCGACGCAGGGUCCUGGACAGGCCCCGCCGUACGCGCCGAGUGCAGAUCUUCCUCCACCGCCUCAUUUCACGGUGGCGGAGGACCCUGCCCGGGAUAAGCAGCAAGCGUACGAAGGAGCGUACUCUUUCUUGGGAGCCGGCGACAAGGAUCGACAGCCUCGUGCGCGGACGAUCCUCGUCCUGGUUCCAGUCCUCAUCUUCCUUUGGGAGAUGAUUAUUUGGUGUAUGUUGGCUCACAUCUCCAUCAAUGCCUGCUGGCUGAUGACGGUGACGCUUUCGGUGGUUUCUGCAAGUGCCGUGACGAUGUGGUUCUAUGGAAUGCGUUGGGGCCCCGUUUCUCUGGCAGCUCUGGGUUUUCUUUGCAUUGUGGCCAUCGUCAUGGGAACCCUUCUGGGGCAGCAAGGAUGGGAUCAGCACUGGCGGCUGUUCUGGUGGAUGAACAUAGGGCAGCAGGAAGUUCCGACCGUCGCAGCAACACCAGCGGGAGCUCGCUCGGACGCCGCCACAUUGUCAUUCCGAGGGGUCAACGGGACCUUCGACCACACCUCGGUGGAUUCCAGCCGAUCCGUUGGCUUCAAGGACACCCAGCUGUUCUGCGUAGCCCCCGUUCUCAGUCCAGACACAGCUGGCGCUGACUUCCCGAGAGUAAACUAUUGGGCAGUUGGCAUUGACUGCUGCAGCAAGUCUGGCUACUUUUCCUGCGAUGGUUCCCGGGACUCUGCAGCUGGCCAUGGGGUCGUGCAGCUCGCCGGCGGCUUCCCGUGCCCCAGCUGCAACGUGGCAUCCUUUCAGAAGGCCAUCGCAAAGGCUGAAGCUACCUAUGGCCUCGUCAGCGCACCGGAUGCCCUAUUGGUGCGAUGGGUGGAGCAUGCAUCUAGCACCAAGAUGCAUGCCGGGGUGUGGGCCAUCGGCUACCUCCUGAUUUGCAUGGUAUUUGGCAGCGUGUUCUUGUCCAUGCUCGGCUCGACCGCUUGGUAUUAUGGCCUGGGAAAGAAGGCGCCCAGCAUACAAGGCUUCUUCGGUGCUGAGGAGACACCAGAAGCCAGAACGAAAAAGCAGUGA